AUGGUAUUCAAGUCAAUGACGGCACUCGAAAAGAUUACAAUUAAAGGUGGCACUUUGGCAGAACUAAUACCAAAAUUAAAAGAGAUUAAAGAGGAUUUGGCGGUAGUUGAUAAUCUUCGCCAACAAUCGUCGUCGUUGUCGUCGUCGUCAUUGGUAGAGAUUGACUGCACAAUCAACCCUCAUUUGGUUCCAAUGAUAGAGACAAUCUAUUGGCCAAUGAGACUAAAUGGAGCCAUUAUCGCACUCCAACUCGAAUCGAUCAAAUCGUUCACCUUUACACUCGACCUUCCAAACAUCGAUGACAACUCUCCCAACGUCCAACAAUUCUCUUCACUAUUGUGCACUCACAAAACAUUGGUCAAGCUUGUUUGUCUGUCUAGUUUCAAAUCGGAUAGACUUGUUAAUAUCGAUGUACCAAAAAAUCUAACCUUUGCAUUUGCCAUGUUAUUAGAUACCAAUAAUAAUAAUAAUCAAACCCUUCAACAUUUACAACUCUCCAAAUUUUUAAUGACACCUACAUUUUUUAAAUCAAUUGCCCAUUGUAAUCUACAUUCACUGACCAUUGACAAAGAAACUAAUAUUACCAUAUCGGAUGAAAAUAUUAAUCUUCUUUGUCACUCAUUAUCAAUGAAUCGGACAUUACGCCAGUGGCUCAAAUAUCAUGGAGAUGAUCCAGGUCAUUUAUAA